AUCAAAUGCCCAUGUACAACAUUAACUGUUUUGUCUUCACUCUUAAAUUCCACGAGGAUAAUUCAUCUAGACAUCUAGAGUUCAACUCCUAACUCGUGUACAGGUUAUCGGCCAAGUUUCAACGUGAAGAAGGCAAUGUAACUUUAUCCUCUGACGUCACCAUGUCAAAGUUCGAGUGGGAUGUGACCCAGGCCCGUUUCCAGGCAGCAAUGGAGAGACUGAAGUCGGUGAUUGAGGAGUACGCCUCCUUCCAGACGGCGAUGGAAACGGAGGAGAAAUUUCUCGCCAAGAGACGAGCGCGUCUGCGGGAGGCCCGUGCACAUUUCGCCGUCCUCGCUGGCGACGUCGCGGAAACUAGGCGAGAUCUGGAAUCACUCAGACAAAGGACAGAGGAGGAGGAGGCACAUGCGUUGGAGUUUGAGAAGCGACUCUCUCAGCAGUUUGGACCCUUAAGAAGCUCCUGGUGAUCUCUGCACACGGGUGUUCAAAAGACAAUUUCAAAAUAAGCUUCGAAACCGAGGCUCCCAUUGCUCUCUUUCUUGUGAGGAUUUAUAACUCAAAAAUGAAUCUCAACGUCAUAAAUAUGCUAAGCACUGGCAGCCUCGGUUUGGCUGCCGAUGUACAAUUCGUCUUCGGUGAAGAACUAGUGAACAACCAAAACUGCUCCGUGAAAGGGCGCAAUUAUGCUGUUAACCUUGGCCCUGUGAUUAUGUGCUAUAUUUGAAAAUUUAGUCAAUCACAAAAUGAAUUUAAUUUUUGCUGUAAAAGCUGUUGUAAAACUCAAAACUGCCACUUUGAUAAUUGGUUAGUACAAUCUGGCAUUAAUUCUACAGCGGGAUUAUUAUGCAAGAGAGACAAUGGUAUAAUUUAAUAAAGACUUGUGUUCAAAGUAUUAACUUGCA